AAGUUGCGUUGGCCAUUCAUCCCCCACUUAUGGAAGUGGGAGUCUUCUGGCUGUUUAGGAUAAAUAAAGGCAUCUAUAAUCGUUUUAACGGUUCUUUACAAUCUUUAAGAAAUAUGAAUGAUUUAGAAUCACUUAAUAUUGAAAAUACUGAUAUUGAUCACGGAUUAGAAUAUUUACCUUUAAAAAAGUUAAACGAUUUUCGUUAUUCUUUUGAUAAAAGGCUUAAUUCUCAUAAAGAUUUAGAAAACUCGCAACAGCAGUUGAGUCAAGCCAAUGAAGAAACUGCUAAUAAACAAUUAGAGAUUGAAAUAGAAAAACAACAUUCACAAGACUUAAAUAAUUGGUAUCGUCGCUUAUUAGCAGAUAAUGAUACUGAAUAUCGGGAUAAGUUAGGAAAUGAGGUUUUGCAACUUAAUCAGCAAAAUCAGCAACAGACCGCCGAGAUUGAAAAUUUUGCUAACAGUCUAGAACUAAAUCAGCAACUAACUGGGAAAAUUAUUGAAAAACAAGCUCAAGAGAUAGUAAGUCUAAGAAGCAAAGAUUUAACCAGUCAGAUUGUCAGCAAAGCAAGCGAACUAAAACGACUAAUUUCUGCUAUCAAAAACAAAGUAGGAGCCGGUUUUGCAAAGACAAUUGACCUGCUUUUGAAUGCUCAAAUUGCAAUAAUCAAAGAAGGCGAAAAUAGUGUCUUUAAUCAAGGUCAACUGGCAGCUUGUAGAAGUAUCCUAGAAGGGCAAUUAACCGAUGAAGAAAUUCAACUCCUUUUAAAUAAACAA